GGCCCGGCACUUCCGGCGGGAGGAUCCGGCCUGGAGCGCCUGCGGCCGAGCACGACCUGGAGACCUGUGAGCCCUGUGUCCACUUAAUGAUGGAGAGGGUUGGCUCGGGCCACCAGUCCCUAGGGUGAGGCCUCUGCCUGGGGCUCUGUGGAUGAUUCCGAAUCAUGGAGGCGAAGAGGACUCCUCCAGCUAGGAGACCUUGUUGAAAGUCGUGGCCCAGCUCUGCCGGCUCUUCCUGUGGUUGUCCUCGGGAGAGGUGCCUGCCCCCACUGACCCAGAGCGAGGGAGUUGCAGCUUCCCCGGAUGGGGAGGUGGGCCCUCGACGUGGCGUUUGUGUGGAAGGCCGUGUUGACCCUGGGGCUGGUCCUUCUCUACUACUGCUUCUCCAUCGGCAUCACCUUCUACAACAAAUGGCUGACAAAGAGCUUCCACUUCCCGCUCUUCAUGACGAUGCUGCACCUGGCCGUGAUCUUCUUGUUCUCUGCCCUGUCCAGGGCCCUGGUUCAGUGCUCCAGCCACAGGGCCCGCGUGGUGCUGAGCUGGACGGACUACCUCAGGAGAGUAGCUCCCACAGCCCUGGCGACAGCGCUUGAUGUGGGCUUGUCCAACUGGAGCUUCCUCUACAUCACCGUCUCACUGUACACGAUGACCAAGUCCUCUGCUGUCCUCUUCAUCCUGAUCUUCUCCCUGCUCUUCAAGCUGGAGGAGCUGCGUUCGGCACUGGUCCUGGUGGUCCUCCUCAUCGCCGGGGGUCUCUUCAUGUUCACCUACAAGUCCACGCAAUUCAACGUGGAGGGCUUUGCCUUGGUGCUGGGGGCCUCAUUCAUCGGUGGCAUUCGCUGGACCCUCACCCAGAUGCUCCUGCAGAAGGCGGAACUUGGGCUCCAGAACCCCAUCGACACCAUGUUCCACCUGCAGCCACUCAUGUUUCUGGGGCUCUUCCCUCUUUUCGCCAUCUUUGAAGGUCUCCAUUUGUCCACGUCUGAGAAGAUCUUCCGUUUCCAGGACACCGGGCUGCUCCUGCGGGUACUAGGGAGCCUCUUCCUUGGAGGGAUCCUCGCCUUCGGUCUGGGGUUCUCUGAGUUCCUCCUGGUCUCCAGAACCUCCAGCCUCACUCUCUCCAUUGCUGGCAUUUUUAAGGAAGUCUGCACUCUGCUGUUGGCAGCUCAUCUGCUGGGGGAUCAGAUCAGCCUCCUGAACUGGCUGGGCUUUGCCCUCUGCCUCUCGGGCAUAUCCCUGCAUGUUGCUCUCAAAGCCCUGCACUCCAGAGGUGAUGGUGGCCCCAAACCCUUGAAGGGCCCGGGCUCCCACCCCGACCUGGAGCUGCUGCUUCGGAGCAGCCGGCCAGAGGAAGAGAACAAUGAGGAGGAGGAGGGGUACUUUGUGGCCCAGGGGCAGCAGUGA